AUGUCAGUGACGGCAUUCGAUUCGCCGAGAAGAUGGGACGAAUUCGCCUCCCCGCAUUCCCCAGACUGGUUCCCCAAAGUAUAUUCCCACGGAUUUAAACAGACAGAGCGCAGCUCACCUCACCUCGCCUCAAACAAAAUAACCAUCCAUGGCCAAUACAUACUAAAGCACAAUGCUCCGAAAUCUCAUACGCACAGCACAAACAACCACCCGACCCCCGUCUACCUCUACGCACCCGUACUCACCCGCUCCCUCCAAACCCAUCCCCAACCCAGCCCAGACGAACUCGACCGCCAAACCCUCCAUCCAGAAAGAGCCGAAAACACCCAGUCCGGCACUGACGACGCCGUCGCACGACACACAUCCUCCUACGACCCUCGACCACCACCCCAGAGAUCGAAUCACAGGCGCUCGAGGCCGAAUGCAGGCUCCUUGGCGAGGUGGACCCGCUGUUCUUCAGCGCUGCGCACCGCGAGGUGAGCGCGCUGCUCGAUCCGAAGCUCGAGGUGGCGGUGCAUACGAUUGAGCAUUUGAGUCCGAGUGCGAAGGGGUGGACGAGGAAGCAUAAGGAGGUGAGGAUCAGGAAGAUUCCUGGGGCGGGGAGUUUGGAUCAGUUUG